CGUCUCUACUGCUGCAGCGGCGACUGGGGCCUAGCCGACGGCCUUGCCCCUGCCUAUCACAGCCGGCGCCUAGAAGCGAUAUUAAUACGAACCCUGAGGGUUGGCGCGCGGUCUGCACGGGAGAGCCUGCCUACUCCCUGGCUCCUGCUUAGAAUUAUGAGCGUUUCAGCAUCCUCUCUUGCUCGCAUUUGCACGUCCAGCUCCUUUCAGCUCUCGUGAGACUGAGGAAUGAAAAUCUGCAACCAUGAUGGAAGGAUUGAAAAAACAUUCCAGGAGGGUGUUUGGUUUCAGGAAGAAAGAGAAAGACAAUGACUCAACGGGCUCGCCUGACAGAGACAGAUCUGUACGUAUACCAGCAGGGACCAACCCUGUCCUCAAAUUAUUGUAUGCUCCCAUACGCUUUUGAUGUACAGUAGUCCCAAAAAAGACUAAUGGCGCUCCAAACGGAUUCUAUGGGGAGAUUGAUUGGGAUCGCUAUAACUCCCCUGAUGUGGAUGCUGAAGGAUUCAGCGUCAGACCAGGGGACCAAUCCGAAGGUGCCCCCAGAGCUAAGGCCUUCUCGUCCAGUGAGUCGGAGGGCGAGGAGGAUCACCUGAAGAAGUUUAAGAUCAGGAUCAAGCCCCUGGCCUCGGACAGCUCCAAUUGCUCCGUCCCCACCAUGGAUGAGCUGAAGGCUUCAGUGGGCACCUUGGCCAUUUCUCCCUCACCCCUGGGUCAAAUGAGAAGAAACCUCUCAAGCGAAGAGAUCGCCAGGCCCCGGCGUUCCACCCCUACACCAGGCGCUGAGCUCGACACUCCCAGCAAAAGAUCAUCAGAGAAUGCAAAUACUUUCUUUGGUCCACCAUUUGAAGCCAGCUUUGAAACGUUUGAAGCACAGCACUCAGAAGUGUUCAUUGUGGAGCCAGAAUUCUGGUGUCAGACGAAAAUUCAACCACCUUCACCUUUGGCCAGACCCUAUCCCUCUGGAGCUCCUCCUCCUCUCCCUCCAAAGAACGUUCCAGCUACACCUCCCUGUCGUACUUCCAGCUCAGUGGGGUCCUCAGGCUACUACAGUGUGGUGCCCAGUGUAAGAGCAGACAGCUGUGCGUAUGCAGACGGCUUGCUGUCAGAACCGUCUCCCAUGCCCGACCUGGACAACGUCUUCGGCCCCCCCGACCCCCCCUCAUCUGCUGACGACACAUUCCAGUUGGGCUGGGCCAGCUUCAGCGAGGGGCGGGGCUCCCCCUCCAGACCCCCACCUCCCGAUGAGCCGGCGCCCCCGCCUCCUCUCUGCUCCUCUCCUCCGGAUUCUCCUCCGCCCCCGCUCCACAUCGCCAUGUCUCCUCCUCCUCCUCCUCCUCCGGACUCCCCCCCGCUGCCGCUCCACGUGCCCAUUCCUCCGCCGGACUCGCCGCCGCCGCCGCCUCCGUCCGCCACGCCUCCGCCGGACUCGACCCCCACCAGCCCCCUGGGCCCGCCUCCCGUGGCGCCCGUGCCUCCGCUGCCCACCGCCUUCAUCCUGCCGGAGUCCUUCCCCGACUCUCCGACACCGCCGCCGCCACCGUCACCGCCGCCACUUCCACCGCCUCUACAGCAGCAGGAGGAGUCCGAGUCCGAGGACGAGGAGGUGGAGGAGGAGGUGAAAGAGCUGUCAUUGGCCUGCGCCUCUUCGUUCCUCCCUCCCCCUCUACCAGCGGAGCGCUCCCCCCUCACUUGCGGGCCCCCUCCACCGCCGCUGGGCGUCAGGUGGACCCCGGAGCCAGUGAUGGGCUCCCUGAGGGAAGCUUUCUCGGCUUCGCCCAAAGAGUUUAGUCCGGGCCUGCGUGGAACACCACCCCCUCUGCCACCACUCACCUACAGGAGCGUGGUGUCCUCUCCAGGGCCAGGGAGUGGGACAUGCUCCCCUGCGCGGCCGGCCACACCCCUGUCCGCAGGAAGCCCCGUGCCCCCGCUCCCACCUCGGCCCUCAUCGCGACCCAAACUACAGCCUGGGAAGUCCAGCGUCAGCGACCUGUCCCGGUCGUUCAGCCCUCCGGUGCACUCCUGGAGCCCCCCUCCCUUUGCGCCACUGGCCCGAGCGGAGAGCACCUCGUCCAUCUCGUCGGUCACCUCUCUGAGCGCCGCCUCCACCCCCACCCUCUGCCUGCCUGUCUCCACAUGCUCUAGAGGGCCCAGUCCCCUCACCAUGGGCCCGCAGGACACCCUUCCUGUGGCCGCUGCCUUCACAGAGACCAUCAGCGCUUACUUCAAAGGCGCUGACCCCAGCAAGUGUGUGGUGAAGAUCACUGGGGAGAUGGUGCUCUCCUUCCCCGCUGGAAUCACCCGGCACUUUGCCUCGCAUCCCGCUCCCCCCGUGCUCACCUUCAGCAUCACACACUACAGCCGUCUGGAGCAGGUCCUGCCUAACCCUCAGCUGCUCUGCUGUGAAACUACAGAGCCCAGCUCUGACACAAAGGAGUUCUGGGUGAACAUGCCAAACCUGAUGAGCCACCUAAAGAAAGUGGCUGAUCAGAGGCCUCAAGCAACAUACUAUAAUGUGGAUAUGCUAAAAUACCAGGUGGCAGCAGAGGGCAUCCAGUCCACCCCACUUAACCUGGCAGUUAGCUGGCGUGGUGAUACCACCAGCACUGACCUCAGGAUAGACUACAAGUACAACAUGGAGGCUAUGCCUGACCCCGUGGCCCUUACCAACAUCCACUUCAUGGUGCCUGUGGACGGUGGCGUCGCCAAACUCCAAGCCAUGCUCCCACCUGCUACUUGGAAUCCUGAACUGCAGGAAAUGCUUUGGAAGAUUCCGGAACUUUCUCAGAAAUCUGAAAAUGGAGGAGUGGGUGCUCUGCUGGGGCGCUUUGCGCUGACGAAUGGCCCCAGUAAGCCAUCCAGGCUAGCUGUGCAGUUCUCCAGCGAGGGAGCCACUCUCUCAGGCGCCAGUUUCCAGUUAGCAGGGACUGGAUAUCGACUCUCCCUGGUCAAAAAGAGAUUCUGUGCAGGGAAAUAUAUGGCUGAUAAUUGAUGCUGCUGAAAAUAUGACCAUAUCUACAAUGGCUUUAGACUGCUCUGCAGAAGGAAGGAUAUCUGUCUUUCAUUCAUGCGACAAACGGAGACGAAAAUGAGAAGAACAUUUUUAAUUGAAAAAAAAUCAUCUGAGAUUCUUUAUCUCAACAAAAUGAUGUGUAUUUAGAGAAUAAUGUAUGUGUGUGUGUAGGAAUGAGUGUGUGUGUGUGUGUGUGUGUGUGUGUGUGUGUGUGUGUGUGUGUGUGUGUGUGUGUGUGUGUGUGUGUGUGUGUGUGUGUGUGUGUGUGCGAGAGAGAGAGAGAGAAAGUGACAGAGAGAGAGAGAGAGGGAGUUAUGUGAGCCUUGUAUGCAUACAUUUAUUACAAAAAAAUGUGCAAUACCACAACUCCACAACUGAGUUUAUGCAAGUUGACACUACCUUAUCCUAAUUUUUUCAUAUUCUAUCGAAUUUAUAUACAUUCCUCUCUUGUCACUUUUCCACCCAGAUCUGUUAGUGUAACAAAAGCCAAUUCAAAUGGGGCACUCCUCGUCACCAGUGCUGCUCAGGCCCUGUUUGAAACGCUGAGGAAAAAAUAACUAGGACUAAAUGCCUGUGAUUAUGAUAACCCAACUAUUUGUAUGGACCCAUUAUGUAAUAGGAAUAUCACAGUACAUGUCUUGACUAGGAGUGUUCAAUAUUAACAGUGGCGAGCAAUAUGUCAUAUGACCGUGUGAUGGCUCUGACUGAGACUAUAGUCUGACAACACAACCGUAGGAGAGGGACAAUUCUGAACUAGCAUGCAGGUGAAGUGAAAUGGCAAAAGCACCCCCAAAGUCACUAUACAACACAUCCCAUAACCUUUUAGGAAUAUUGUUGUAAUGUGUGAUAGCACUUUUUUCUAGGUAUGUAAUCCUGAAUGUGGAGUGAUACAAUGAGAGUUUAGAUAAGCGAGGCCUUGAGUUAUCUUGGAAUGAUUUAAAGGUCGCUUCAAUGAGAGUUACACUGACCAUUUAAAUUAUUGGAAUUAUAUAUGACAAGGGCAGGGUGCCUUGCUGACCGGCUAUAUUGACUAUGUGUAGAGUUUUUUAUUGUUCCUGCAGUAUUUUUGUGAAAAAAAAUCCUCAUGGACUGUUGACAGCUUCGUAGUCUAAAUCAGUAGACACAAACUAGGUGAAUUUUCAAAGUCUUUCAACAUUCUGUGUUAAGGUUUGAAAUGC